CAAAUUAAUGUUUGAUUUAUCAGUUCAAAAUAAAUAAUAGAGCUUGUAACGAGACUUUUUAUCAUGUGGCAUCGUUAUUUGAUGUGGUUUGCCCAUGAGCAUGUCGAUUUCAGAUACGCUGAAAUACAAAGCAUAUUAUCACUAUUUGAUAUGCCAAUAAAAUACAUCGAAAAACCUUGCCAAAGCAAACCAUAUUGGGUGGUGGAAUUGCCGUCGGAAGAAUGCGUAAAAAAGAUCGCGUCACGGUCAGUUUUAAUCAAAAACUGUAUAGAAUUAUGGGCUACCGCAAAAACAGAAGCUCGAUUACAUGAAAAUCUGAAAAGUUCCAUCAAUAACGUAUCGGGAAAUUGGAUAGGCGCUGAUAAAUCGGAUAAUAGUGAUUCACAUAUUUGCCCACGAGAACUUUUAGAAGCUUGUAGUGACAGUGGUAAAUCGUUCAAAAUUGAGGUGGAGACUUUCUGUAAACAUUUUACUAUGAAGGAGAAGGUUGAUAAAAUUGAGAAAUUUAGUUACCUACCAUUGAAAGGUCCAGUGAAGUUGAACAACCCAGAUGUAAUGCUGUCCUAUGUUGAAUUUUACGGCGUGGACCCCAACAAUGUGCCUGAACACCCUCACAAUUUGUUCUUUGGGAGAUGGGUGGCAGAUGGCCAACGCGACCUCAUCCAAGUGCACUCGCUGAAGAAGCGUCAAUUCAUCGGCAACACAAGCAUGGACGCGCAACUGUCCAUCCUAAUGGCGAACCAGGCGCAAGUGGCACAGGGCCAUGCCAUACUGGAUCCCUUCGUUGGCUCCGGGUCGCUGCUAGUGGCUGCAGCUCACUUCGGAGGCUUCGUGUGGGGUUCGGACAUAGACUACCUGAUGCUGCACUCUCGCUCGCGGCCCACGCGCGUCGGACAAAAGGUUCGCACAAAGGACGAGAGCAUCAGAGGCAACAUGGAUCAGUAUGGCACCAAGUCGAGGUAUUUGGACGUCAUAGUGAGCGACUUCUCGCUGCCCAUGUGGCGGAGUGACCUCAAGUUCGACGCCAUUAUAACGGACCCGCCGUACGGAGUGCGGGAGCCGAUAGAGCGGAUCGGCAUAGAGCGGGAGAACUACACGCUGUCGGACGCGCACCUGCCCAACCACGUCCCGGCUAAGGUGGAAUACGGCCUGCCGCACAUCUACAGCGACCUGCUCGACUUCGCGGCCCGCCACCUCGAGAUGGGCCGGCGGAUUGUGUGCUGGUACCCUUUAGUUAGGGAGGAGUACAACGAAGAGCACCUACCAUUCCACCCGUGCUUACGGCUGGUGUCCAACUCCGAGCAGGUUCUGUCCAAGCUGACCGCUCGCAGGCUGCUCACGUACGAGAAGAUCAGCGACGACGUUCCGGAGAUGCCCGUGGACCCGCAUGCUGUUGAGCAUAACUUCAGGGAAAAGUACUUUACAGUGGGAGAGACAACGAGGAGAGAAAGGAAAGAGAGGAGAGCCAAGGAGCUGAUAGCUAAUUCAUAUUGGAUCGAACAGAGCAAAUGUAAAAAUACUUAAUUUUUAAGAUUAUUUUUAGAAAUAAAGGUUAACAAGGGUUAAAUA